CAUGACAAUUUAACCCCAGCAUAUAUUUAAAACACUAAAACACCCCCAGAUUUAAUUAUGCAAGAUUGAUUAUUCUUAAUUUUCUUCUGCUACUCUCCGGUCAUCUUCGAUCCUCUCAAUCGCGAAACCCUAGUUGUGAAGAUCGAGAAUGAGUCAGCCAUGUGUAGUUCUCGCAACAGCGAGCUACGAUCACACGAUCCGAUUCUGGGAAGCCGAGAGCGGUCGGUGUUACCGUACCAUUCAGUAUCCUGACUCGCAUGUGAAUAGGCUGGAGAUAACCCCAGAUAAGCGUCAUCUGGCAGCAGCUUGUAAUCCUCAUAUACGUCUCUUUGAUGUCAAUUCCAACAGCCCUCAACCUGUGAUGACUUAUGAUUCACACACCAACAAUGUUAUGGCAGUGGGGUUCCAGUGUGAUGGGAAAUGGAUGUAUUCUGGAUCAGAGGAUGGUACUGUUAAAAUCUGGGACUUGAGGGCUCCAGGUUGCCAAAGAGAGUAUGAGAGUGUUGCCGCUGUUAACACUGUUGUUUUACACCCAAAUCAGACUGAGUUGAUAUCUGGAGACCAAAACGGCAAUAUACGUGUAUGGGAUCUCAGAGCAAAUUCGUGUAGCUGUGAACUGGUACCAGAAGUUGAUACACCUGUACGCUCUCUAACGGUUAUGUGGGAUGGGACUAUGGUUGUUGCUGCUAACAACCGUGGAACAUGUUAUGUUUGGCGCUUGUUGCGCGGAAAACAGACGAUGACAGAGUUUGAGCCACUUCAUAAGCUGCAAGCUCAUAACGGCCACAUCCUUAAAUGCUUACUCUCUCCUGCAAACAAAUAUCUAGCGACUGCAUCAUCUGAUAAAACUGUCAAAAUAUGGAACGUCGAUGGUUUCAAACUAGAGAAAAUUUUAACAGGUGAGCUCCCCCAAGUUUUUGUAGAUAAACUUUUCUCAUUCUCCAUUGCUCUCUUACACUCUCAUCAACCUUAUCUAACAGGACACCAAAGAUGGGUAUGGGACUGCGUCUUCUCAGUGGAUGGAGAGUUUCUUGUAACAGCAUCAUCGGACAUGACGGCUAGGUUGUGGUCUAUGCCAGCGGGAAAAGAAGUCAAGGUGUACCAAGGUCAUCACAAAGCCACCGUGUGUUGUGCCCUCCAUGAUUAAAAACAUGAAUUAUUAGUCAAACAAACUAAAUAAAAAAAACAGAUAAUCAUUUCUCUCUUUUGUGUGUUUAGGAAACUCUUGUACAUUUGUAUCAGAUUCAUCUCAAGUUUUAAACCUUUAAUUGUUAGUUUCUUA